CUAGAGAUCAUCUCUCUAUUGAGUAAAACUGUGAGCAAUACGAUGGAAAUAUACACCUCUGACAGUCAACUGCAAUUCAAUGAAUUCAACAAAGUCAAGGAGCAAAUAGAAAAUGUCACAAUUGGUCUACAAAAACAGAUGUCCCUUCUCCAAAUGGACAUCAGAUCAGCCCUAGCUAUAGCUUCCGCAAAUCAGGUAGUAACCAAAGACUACUUGAAGGUGAUCAUUGACAAUCAAAAGGAAGCAUACAAGCUGUUCAGACUUAUUGGUGCACAUUCUGGGAACCGCAAGAUGGAAGUAAUUCUUCAACAACACAGUCCAUCUCCAAUACCGCAUCUCCCUAUUGCAGUCAACGAAGGAGAAGCAUCUUAUGUCCCUUCUCAUCUGAACAUGACUAAUCUGAUCCUUGAAGCACAGCAAAGAAAUCCGGAAAACUCAGCACAGCACCUAUUCAGCUCAGGACUGGAUGGAACAGAAUUUAUAGGUGCAGUUGCUGACCACUUCUCAGAUGCUACUCAAUCAGAGGAAAGGCGUGAAAAUUUAAGGCGCAUCAAAGAACUGUGUGGGAACAUGCAGGGCCUCAGUGAGAUUGCCGGAUCUUCAAAACGCAAAAGGAACUGAAGGUUCUUUUCAUCAAACCAGGGGGAAAGUAUGUGAAAACAUUUGUUUUGAUGAAAACACCUUCUUGUUUAAACAUUGCUUGAUU